GUCACCAUUUUCUCAAAACAAAAAUCAUCAGAAUUUAGGUUAUGUUACUUUUUGUUGUGUAUGUAUAAUAUAAUUUUAUUCUCAUGAGAGAUUAUAUAUUCUUGUCUAUUUAGAACUUGUCUCUAUUUGAAGAGAUGGCGUUUCAUCGAAGCCCCGCAGCCCAAUAUUUCUUGGAGAGUCAGAAAAAGGCUGGGUCUUAUUCCAAAGAUGACAAAUCAUCGGAACAAAAGGUUGUCGAAUGGAUCAACGAAGCAUCCUUGUCAACAGAUGCCAAUAGGAAGAUCGAGUUGCUGAGGAUGGUGCAAGAGUUCAUCAUUCACAAGGAACCACACAUUCUUGACAAUUUCCUUCACGAAGUUGUAGGUUUCCAAAUCGAUAAAAAUGCCGAAGUCAGAAAAUUCAUCGUUGGAUUCAUUGAAGAAGCAUGUAAAAAAGACAGCGAACUACUACCAAAAGUGGUGCCCAACCUGCAGAUGCUGUUGCAAGACUCGUGCGCCCAGGUGCAGAAACGGGUGAUUCAGGCGGCCAGUCAGGUGUACCGGUGCACGCUCAACUGGGUGUGCAAGGCCACCCACAUCACCGAACAGAUGAAGGCCGUGUGGCUCAUGAUGUGCAAUAUCAAGAAGGCCAUUGUCGAUCUCGUCGAUAGUGAUAAUGAUGGAAUUCGAACGCAUACAGUAAAAUUCCUGGAAACAUUAGUUCUGUGUCAGACCUAUCCUGAAGAAGACAGUUUACAACGGGAGAAUGACUUCAGUUUAGAAGAUAUUCCACUGGGCAUGAAAAUUGCUAGGAGAAGAAAGCUGGAGGAAGAGGCAUUGACAUUGUUCUCUCUGAUGGUGAAAUUUCACGGCUCAGAGCACAUAUCCAGCGUGAAUUUGAUGACUUGUAUGGGAUCUCUGACACUUAUUGCUAAAAUGAGGCCUACAUUCAUGGGAAAAGUGGUUGCGGCACUAGAAACAUUGCACAUGAACUUACCGCCUACUUUGUCGAAAUCGCAAGUGAGCUCAGUGAGAAAGCAUCUGAAGCUGCAACUACUGAACUUGCUGAAGCACCCGAAAGCAGCCGAUUACUUGAACAACAUCACUACACUGUUGACCGAUCUAGGAGCUACUUACAAUGAAGUAAUGAAAGCCUACCCAAAAGACGUGCCCGUCAGACGUAAAUCGUCGAAACGUCCGGCACAGGCUGAGAGCGAAUCUGCAAAGAAACUGAAGGUGGAAGAAAUCAAAAAGGAGGCGGCCGAGGAUUCGGGUGGCGAGGAGGAGAGACGGGGGGUGGCACCCUCCUCUUCCCAAACUGCCCCUGUCACAGAAACCUCCAUUGACUUGACUGAGAAGUACAUUGUGGAACGUCUCAGUCCAGAGUUCACUGCUGAUCUGGUCAUUAUGGCUAUGAACAAGCUACCAGACUCGAUGCCGUCUGUGUUCAGUGCGACCUACACGCCGAUAGCAGCAGCUGGCACUCAAGGUCAAAUCCGCCAUGUUGCCAGAUUGCUGGCCACCCAGAUCGCGGUAGCGGGACUGGGACCUGGCAACGCCGCCACUAAGGGCAAAACGCCCUGGAAGGAUUUCGGAAAGAAAAGACCACUAGAAGAAGACGAUGAUGAGGAAGAAGAAGCCUCAGCGUCGAUGGCAGUGGAUGAUCCGAAAACAGCCAACCUGCCAGCCGUCAUUCAAAUGCCUUCGAAGAGAUCACGCAGGUCACUCAAACUCAACGAAAUAACCAAACCGUUGACAAGGGAAAACCGUGAAGCUAUGUCGGUAGCAGCUGUGAAGCGGAUAUUGGUGAGUGAGAAGAGGGCAAUCGCUGGUGGAGUUUUGAGUUUACGCUGCAAAAUGGUGGCAACCAUGGCCACCUCUUUCAAUCCUGUCAUUCGACAAGCCAUUCUAGACCACAUCCUCUCCGACGUUAAGAAUAAUCUACUGUUGGGUCUUUCUUGUUUGUAUGAGGAAUACGCUUAUCUACAAAGUUUCAAGAGGUUGCCGUCCGCAUUGAUUCCUGAUCAAAAGAAGAGAGAUCAGAACUACGGCAAUCUACUCAAGUCAUUUGUGGAGACUCUUAUCAAUAAGAAUGAUCUCAAGGAGAGAGAUAUGUUGUUGUUCCGAUUGUUCCUUGAGGCACCACUGAUAACCGAUGAGGUGGUGGAAAUUCUGAAACAGCUGUCAAGUCGCGACGUGAUCGGACUGACGAUACUGCAGGAGUUGGUCAUCAGGCGGCCUCCCAAACAGAUUGUCUAUCUCAACGCUUUGCUCACCUACACAUCGCAUGAGAGUACUGAGAUCCGAGGCACAGCGAUCAGCUACAUAGUGAUGCUUUACGACCGAGGGGAAUUGCGCAGUAUCAUUGAGGAGUACUCAGUGAUGUACUUGGACUUCCUGCGCCUGCCGCUGCCUCCUCCCCUGCUGUUUGGGGUGGAGCAGGGACGCACCAAGCCGGACGACCUGGCCUGGCAUGAGGACGCCAUCAAAGCUUGUCUAUAUCUGUAUCUCGUUCUCCUGCCCACCAACCACAAGCUUAUACACGAGUUGGCGAGAGUAUACGUACAAACAAUACCUGAUAUAAAGAGGAUAAUACUGAGACUAGUGGAAGUCCCCGUGCGAGGCAUGGGAAUGGACUCUCCGCAGCUUCUGUCAUUGGUCGAGGACUGUCCCAAAGGAUCUGAAACGCUUGUCACUCGAAUCAUACACAUUCUCACAGAUAAAGGCACUCCCAGUCCUGAGCUGGUGGCAAAGGUGCGAGAACUGUAUCAAACCAGAGUGUCUGAUGUCCGCUUCCUUAUCCCCGUUCUCAACGGUCUCACCAAGAAGGAGGUCAUUGCUGCUCUGCCCAAGUUAAUCAAGCUGAAUCCCAUCGUUGUAAAAGAGGUAUUCAACCGACUACUAGGCACACAUGCAGAGGCAGGCCACUCAUCACCUGUUUCGCCCGCAGAGUUGCUCAUAGCUCUCCACAACAUUGAUCCCACAAAAUGCGAGCUCAAGACUGUCAUCAAAGCAACUUCGAUGUGUUUCGCGGAGAAGUCAGCCUAUACACAGGAAGUGCUUGCAGUUGUAAUGCAGAAUCUGAUGGAGAUCUCGCCCCUCCCCACCUUACUUAUGCGCACUGUCAUUCAGUCUCUUUCUCUCUACCCACGGCUCAUCGGCUUCGUCAUCAACAUACUGCAGAGACUCAUUCUGAAACAGGUGUGGAAACAGAAGAAAGUGUGGGAAGGCUUCAUCAAGUGCUGCCAACGUACCAAACCUCAGAGCUUCCAGGUUCUGCUGCAACUGCCGGCCACCCAACUGGCUGACGUCUUCGACAAUUCGCCAGAUCUCAAGCAGCCUCUGCUUAACCAUGUCAUGAGUUUCACUGACAACCAGCGUGCGCACAUUCCUCAAACAGUGAUGGAUAUUAUAAUGGGACCAGAUCAACCUAUAUAUCCAAUGUACACGGUCAAAAACGAGCCAAUGUCACCACCAGAGCUUAUGAUCGACAUAAAGGAUGAGCCCUCUGACGAAGCCAAGUUGAAAGCUGCUCAACACCAUCCCGAACCAGUUCAGCCAAACGUAGAACCAGCUCCUCCUGGUGCCGAUUAAGACAAAUUCGAAAAUACCCAAAAACAAAUGAUCAGUGAACAUUCAUUAUUUUAAUUGAUUUGAACUGAAUGCAAUUAUAGGUAUACUUCUGUGGCGAUUGAAUGUAUUAAGUUUGGUUUUCAAAACUGCGUUACAUAAUAAUUUGUCUGUGAAGUUGUCUAUUUUUAAUUUCUAAUAUUUUCAUCAAUGUAGUGUAAAAGUGGUAUUUAGAUUGUCUUAAUCAAUGUGAGUUGAGCGAUUAUGUGUGGUAAUUAAAACAUUUAUUGUUGCGUUGUAUAUGUUCCGAGUCAGCGUUGGUUGGAAUAUUUAUAUUAAAAUCAAUAUCAAACUGACAAA